UUACAUUUCAUGCUCAGUAGAGAACUGCCCUUUUUCGGUUCUGUUGGUUCAGGUCAGGUUAUCAAGAGAAACUGUAAUGGCAGUCACGGGUGCCCAGAAUCCAUUGCUAGGAGAAACCACUUGUGGGUCUUUACUGCAGCAAUUACAGCAAAUAUGGGAUGAGGUUGGGGAGACCGAUGAGGAACGAGAUAAAAUGCUGCUUCAGUUAGAGCAGGAGUGCUUGGAUGUUUACAAGAGGAAAGUUGAUCGGGCUUCAAAAUCAAGGGCACAACUUCUUCAGGACUUGGCUGAUUCCAAGUUAGAACUCUCCCGUCUUUUGUCUGCUCUUGGAGAAAAAUCUUUUGUUGGUCUUCCUGACAACUCAAUGGGGACAAUCAAGGAACAACUUGCUGCUAUAGCACCAGUGCUGGAACAACUAUGGAAGCAGAAAGAGGAGAGAGUAAAGGAAUUUGCCGAAGUGCAGUCACAGAUUCAGAAAAUAUGUGGAGAAAUUGCUGGAAACUUGAAACUUGGUGAGCAGGCAGGGACACCUACGGUUGAUGAGAGUGAUCUGUCCCUGAAGAAGUUAGAUGAGUUUCAAUCUCAGCUUCAAGAACUCCAGAAAGAAAAGAGUGAUAGGCUGCACAAGGUUCUUGACUUUGUAAGCACAGUGCAUGAUCUCUGUGCUGUUUUGGGGAUGGAUUUCUUCAGUACAAUUACUGAAGUUCAUCCCAGCUUAAAUGAUUCAAUUGGUGUGCAAUCCAAGAGCAUCAGCAAUGACACUUUAUCCAGGCUGGCUAAGACAGUCCUGUUGCUAAAAGAAGAUAAGCAGCAGAAGCUACAGAAGCUUCAAGAGCUAGCCGCACAACUAUCUGAUCUUUGGAACCUGAUGGAUACUCCUGUUGAGGAGAGAAGUUUAUUUGAUCACAUCACCUGUAAUAUGUCAGCUUCUGUGGAGGAGGUUACCAUCCCUGGGGCCCUUGCUCUUGAUUUGAUUGAGCAGGCGGAGGUGGAAGUUGAAAGGUUGGAUCAGCUAAAGGCCAGCAAGAUGAAGGAGAUUGCUUUUAAGAAACAAACUGAACUUGAGGAGAUUUACGCUCGUGCUCACAUAGAAAUUGAUACAGAGGCUGCUCGACAAAGAAUAAUGGCUCUAAUUGAUUCCGGAGAUGUUGAACCUUCUGAAUUACUGGCUGACAUGGAUAAUCAGAUAGUAAAAGCCAAAGAAGAGUCCCUCAGCAGGAAAGAAAUAUUGGAGAAGGUUGAAAAAUGGAUGUCCACAUGUGAAGAAGAAAGCUGGCUUGAAGACUACAAUCGGGAUGAGAACAGAUACAACUCCAGCAGAGGUGCACACAUUAACCUCAAACGUGCAGAAAAAGCUCGCAUUCUGGUUAACAAAAUUCCAGCUCUGGUGGACUCAUUGGUGGCCAAGACUCGUGCCUGGGAAGAGGAGCGAGGAUUGCAAUUUUCGUACGAUGGUGUUCCUCUGCUUGCAAUGCUAGAGGAAUAUGCUAUGCUCAGGCAGGACAGAGAGGAAGAGAAGCGGAGAACGAGGGAUCAGAAGCGGUUCCAUGAGCAACUAAACACGGAGCAAGAAGCCAUGUUUGGCUCAAGGCCAAGCCCGAACCGGCCUCUUGGUCCGAAGAAGGUUGUGGGUCCACGUGCCAAUGGAGGCGCAUCGAAUGGCACUCCCAGCCGGAGGUUAUCUCUUAAUAUCCAUCAAACUGGUGGAAACAGUGUCAGAUCUGCCAGUAAAGAGAGGAGAAACAGUCACGACCACAGGCCAGCAGCUCCUGCGAACUAUGUUGCCAUGGCAAAAGAGGAUGCAGCCUUGCAUGUGUCCGGCUGUGACACACUUCCAGCUUCUCCAUGACAAUAGCAAAGCCCAGACAUAGGUAGGUCUACGUCUCUGUUGUACCGUUAGCAUGUAUUAAGGAGGUAUGAUCUAAAGGAAAUGAUAAGGACUCGGUAUGUGUAUGUUUUACUGCCUUCUGAAAGUCUCUUUUAUGAUAAUUCUGCAUAGAGUAAGGAAGCUGCGGCUUCUGUUUCAGCUAAAAACCCAAAUGGGGAUGGGGAUUUUAAUGCCA